AUGCAGGGAGUUUCAAAGGACUGGAAUGUCCCAGAAGGCUUCCGCGCCCUGCAGCAUCUGGUCAUUUACAGCAGUGAUCUCAGACAGGUGCCAGAUUCAUUCGGCGCAUUGACAGCGCUGACGAGGCUGGAGCUUAGUAACUGCAAGGUGGCCAAGAUCAGCCCCAGCAUCUCAAAGCUCACCCGCCUGCGCGAACUGAACCUGAAGGGCAACCACUUGUACCCAGAGGUGCCUCAGGAGCUUAGUAAGCUGACAUGGCUGCACCUGCUUCAACUCCGCGGCAACAGAGCGCGCAAGACAAAAGCCGUCAAGGGACUCAAGGCAGGCAAUGGCGAUGUGUUACUGCCCAAGAUGGCAAUCACAGACAGCGGCCUGCGGUGGCUGCUGAAGUGCCCUGACAUGCAGCAGGUGCUUAUUGAUGUGACAAAAGAGGAGAGGGACAAGUUGAGGAAGCUUCGGCAGGAGCUGCGCAGCGCAUUUCAUGGCCGGCCAGUGCUCUGCCUGAAGCUGACGUGGCAAAACAUUUGA